CAGACCCUAAAAGGCACUUAGACGCCUACCUCCCAUGGCUAUGAAUGGGAGUUAAGCACCUACGUAUCUUUGAGGAGCUGGGUCUUGGUUCCUCACUUCCCUUUGUUUCUUGGGAAAUCUCCCCCAGUAUUGAUCUGUGGCUCACCCUGUGGAAAUGUUUGGAAACUACUCGCUUUGCUGAGGCAUCCGUAUUUCCUUUCCCUGCUUUCAAGCUGCAGUGAUUGUUUCUCAGAAUUAUGACCCAGGCUUGGUUAAAUAUGUGAAACCUGUAGUGGAGAGGAAGCAAAGUACAGGUGUCCACGUUGCAUGAAAUACUCAUGCAGUUUGGCGUGUGUGAAAAAGCACAAAACUGCACUGAGUUGUAAUGGAGUCAGAGAGAAGGCAGCAUUUGUCUCCAUACAUGAGUUUAACGAGUUGAAUCUCCUAAGUGAUUAUCGUUUUCUGGAAGACGUAGGAAGGAUGACUGAUGGUGCUGCUCGAGAUGUUUCCUUGCAUAGACCAACAACCAAUAAGUUUAUAAAUUAUUUGAAAAACCGAGCUCGAAAGCACAAUAUCCACUUGAAAACUUUACCCAUUGGAUUUACAAAAAGGAGAGAGAAUUCAACCACCUUCAACAAGAAGGAGCAAAAGUUCUACUGGCAUUUGAAGCUCAUAUUUCCUCACAGUCAUGCUGAAUACACAGUAAAAAGGGUGCCCGAUGAUAAAAUGCUAGGUGAAAUCCUUAAACCUUACCUUGAUCCUGAAGAAUCAGAUCCUGUUAUUCGUCAAAGAUUAAAAAUAUAUACAAUGUCUCCUCAGUCAGAUGUGCAAAUUUUAAUGAAAAUAGAAAACAGGCAACAUAAUUCUGUCAGCUAUGAUGAACUGCAUACCAGUAAAAGCCUUCUAGACAAUUUGAAAGACAAGGUAGUAAUUGAGUACCCAACAUUACUUGUGGUAUUAAAGAAACUCAAGAAUGAUAUGGGAGUUCUUGGCCAAGAUGCUAGUGAAUCCACUGAGGACUUGGACAGUGACAGUUCAUCCCUCUCAUCUGAGGAAGAAGGGGAAAUACGGGACAGUUCCUGAAAAAUCUGUUUUGACAGAAGGGGGUGUGAUCAGCUUCUUAUACUUCUUUUUUUUUUUUUUCUCCUUCAUUACAUUUAUUGUGACAGUUUUUUUGUUUUAAGGGCAGCGUUUUCAAAACUGGAUGCCUAACUUUAGGGUAAGUCCUAGCCAUACAUUUUCCAUAAAUCAGCAUAAUAAUAUAUAUUUCAAAGGUACAUUCAGCUUGUGCAGUAAUCUUGGGCAUCUAGCUUUUAUCUUAACAACCCAGCUCAAUAUUUCUCAAACAGAGCUUAAAAAUCUGGCCAUUUACUUAGGUGCCUAACUUUAGGCUUCUACUAUUUUUUUAAAAAUCUUGACCUAAAUGUUUUUUCUAGUUGAAUUUAUUUUUUUACAGUAUUUCUUUGCUGUGCUGAGCCUCUGUAGACAGGGUCAUAAUUUCUUGUUGACUUUAAUCUUCAUUUGGUAACAAUGUAUGUGUUUAGUGCAGUAAAUUUAGUUUUUCGUAUUUAAGUGCAUUGUGCAGGAUCCAGUGAGAACAUUUUUUUUUCUGGCUAGAGUAGUAGUGAGCUUUUGAAUUGUUAGCAUGAUGUUGUUUUAAAUAAGCAGAACUGAGUAAAUUCACUAACUGCAGGUAAUGCUAAUACAUUUAUGACUUAUAAAUAUUUCUUAUUUUGUGUACUUUUGUAUUGUGAUUUCAUCUGUUGAAAUCAGACAUUGUAAAUAUUUCCUGGUUUUAAUGGAAUAUCUUCUGAGAUUUAUCUUUAAAAUAAAUAAAAGAUGCUGCAUAGAGAUUCAUGUAACACAUCACCUGCUGGCAAGGAACAUUUGCUGUGAAAUUCUACAGCAGGCUGUGAUUAUCCCAUAGUACACAUCCAUGUCAUGAGUCACUUAAUACCUUCCAGCUUGUUUUUUGGUUAGAUCCCAUGUUUAUGGUAUUUGCUGUAGGGGGACAGCACACAUGGCUGGGGGCAGUAAAGCACCGAUACACCUACCUGGCACUAUUAGUUUCAAAUCAUUAUGGUCCAACAUAGCAUUGGGGAUCUCCACAUGCAGGGCUGCUUGCAAGAUCAGGACGUGUUUGUAAUAUACUUUUCUUGUAAGUUCACAAGUCAGCAUUGUUAAAUCCCUUACCCGCCUUCCAGUUUAAGAUGACCCAUGUGAUAGGAACUUGGAAAGCCGAUCCUUGAUUAUUAGCACACAGUGGCCCUAAUUCAGAUUGAGAUCUCAUGUCAGGCACUCCCAAACACACACAGAAAAACUGUCCCUGCAGAAGGCAUACAGCCUAAAUAGACAGGAAAACAGCGGCACAGAGAAGUGAAAGGACUGUCCAAGAUCACAUAGUGGAUCUGUGGCACAGCCAAGAAGAGAACCCAGGUCUACUGACUCCCACUCCUGUGUCCUAUUUCACUGACCCAUGAUGCUAGCUAGUCCUGCUAGCUCCUUACCCAUCAUGCUCCUUUCAGAAGACUUUGGUAGCUCUGUCUGUGCAAGAUGGUCAUGGUUAACCUGCACCUGAUAUCCCUCCAACCCUGAUCAAUUUUUCCACCAACUUUCCUGGGUAUAAGGUAUGCUCUCAUCAUCUCAUAGGAAUCAGAUAUUCAUCAAAUGCUCCAUUCAUUGGGCCAUCCAGUUAAUCAAGUGUUGGAGAGAGGGUUGAUGCCUUGUUACCACUGGACAGUUAUAGGAUACAUGCCAUUGUUUCUGACGACAAUACCACAUCUCCUUUCCCCAGCUGCCCCUCCCCUCACUCCACCAACCCCCAUCACCCUGGCUCUCUAGCUGCUUUUGAUGCAUGCAAGGGACUAGGUUCCUGCUUCCACGGGGGGAAGUCACAUCUCUGACUCUUUCCUAUGCCCUGGAUUCUUGAUAAAUUUCAAACAACCAAACUUCUUCCUGUCUGGUGACAGCAUCCUGUGCCCUACUUUCUUUUUACAAUUCAUAGUAAUAGAGAAAAAUAACACAUGAAGACCAGCUAGUUUUUUACCCACUUUUACAAGGAUUUUUGUCCAUUGUUAUAGAUACUUCCAUGUUACUUCACUUCAAAUGAAAUACUAGGUCUUUCAUAAUUACUGAUUACUGCAUUCAGGCUCAGUAGCCACAAGUUACUGAAAACAAGUUUUGCACCUGUUCACAUAAAUAUGCAUUAGCAAUAAACCUCUCAUUUUAACUAAACAAUAUAACUGCCAAAGCUUAUUUGAUAGAAAAUUAGUUUCAUCUGUAGAAGAUAGUGGGAUUCCUGUUCUUAAGAUUCAUGGGAUACUGUAGAAAUUAGAAUACCAAAGAUAUUAGCAAACCGGGCACUUCAUCUGUGUAUGAUUAAUAUUUGGCUGAGGCACAUGGUUUUGUAGUAGAUACAAUUUGCAUGACUUUUCUAAAUGCUUGCCGUUUUUCAUUAAUUGUGCAGAAAUGGCUUGCCCUUAUUUUUACACUGGUCCAAUUUAAGCUCUUUUGUCACAGGCAAACACAACCCUGAUUUGUUUUUAAGUGUAAAUACUGUUAAAUCUGCCUUUCAGAUUGAAAGUAUUCAUUGCUUUAAAAUGGUAAAAUAAACAUAACUUAGCAUAAUUCUUUUGGUUGUAGUUAGAAAUAAAAUUCAUCAGAACAAAGCUGCAAACCAUCACCCAGGCUUUUGCAGUAUAGAUAGAAUUAAACCUUAAUUUUUAACAGAUGCAUUUACCAUUGUUUUCCAGACUGCCUUCAAUCGUUUUCACCUGUGUUGGCAAAAGGGUGCUACCAAUUUGAACAAUGGGGAUGACUCUGAAUUUCCUCCAUGACUAGUUCAAACACAGUUUAAUUUCACCAGUAUUUGAUAAAUGUUUAUUCUGAGGCAGAUGUGUAACACAGUGAAACAGUGGGUUACUGAUGAUGCAUGAGUAGCUCCAUUUUACACCCCGCAUGGUCAAGGACAAAGACAUGACAAGCUCUUCCUAAGAGGCAGUGAAGCUAAGUGAUGGGAUUGGGUCUGCCCUAUUACAGAACUCUGUUCUAUUCCCAGUUUGUGUGACCUGUAUUUGGGAGAAGAGGCAUUGCUUAAUAAUGAGUUGUAAAGAGUACAGACUUGUCUGCAUAAAAAGUGAGUCUAGAAUUCAUGUUGUCUUGAUUCCCAGUUAUUGUCAUUUGUAUUUCUCUGCUCCAGGAGUUAUCCCAUUCCCAGACAAUGUGAAGAGGGGAGGUUGCUGCCCAUGUGCUGCCACUAAAAGGGGUAGAUGAGGUUCUGAGGCUAUAUGCUGGGUCUGUGAGGGUUAUUGCAGUGGAGAGCAAACCAGUCUCUCCUAAUACAGUGCUGUAGUAUGUUUGUACUAGAGAAUUCUUGAUAUGAUCAAGUGAUGUGACUUUUAGCAAACAUACUCUAGGACUCUAGAAAGCAUAAAAAAAAUUUUAAAAGCCUGAUCAUGUAUCAAAUGGUCUGUGUGCACUGUGGGUGAAAUUCAUCUCUGUGCAGAAGGCCAGCACAAAGCCAGCACUUAGUCCCUUCGGUGGGACUUAAGCUGUGCAUAGCCCUGCGCUGGCUCUAUAUGUUUUAUAUGGAGGCAUUUAUAAUUCAGGGCCUGAUCUUGAAGGAUGCUGCCUGUCCUCCCCUGAAGUAUGUAGGAGUUGAGUAUGCUCAGCACCUUGCAACAUGGGGCCCCCAAAGAGUAAAUGUACAGCUGUGACAGUGUUGUUCAAUUCAAGCUGUUUGCUCACAAACACUGCAUUCUAUCUUUUUAAUUUCCAAACAAUUUCCCUGAAAACACUUACCAAACGGGAAAAAAAACAUACACCAUGAAUUUGUGUUUGUGUUGUUGCUAUGGAAUUUUAGUUCAACUGUAUGCAGAUGCAGAUUCUGUUAAUAAGGAAAAAGAUGAACUGUGUACUCCAGUGAACAAAGAUUACCCUAUGUUUGUAUUAGAAUGUUGCUAUGGUAGUGCAUAUGGUUUUGUUUGAUAGAAAUUUGCAGUGAAAUGGAAGGAAAUCAUGUAUGCAGGACAAACAAAAAAGAAAUUGCAGCAAAGAAAGUUCAGUAUAAAUACUGAAAGUGAAAGAGCUGUCAUAGAUGAUAUAUUAAAUCCAGGAAAACAUCACAUAGAUAAUGUAGACUUUUUCCUGCCAACUUUUUUGUAAUUUGGUAACAGAACUGCACUCCCACUGUGUCACAGACCUGUAUGACUGAUGGACAAUGGCAUAGUUUCUAAUGAUGUUUUUCUUGUUCUAGCUCAUUUCCCAUAAAAACUCUAUUGAUCAUAAUAGUUUUUAUUGUGGAAGCAAAGCGCCGUUGGCUAAACUUACUUUUACCACUCUGUUAAUUGAACCUGCUGAAAAGCCCAUUACAUUAGGAUAGACUGGAAGGACUUUUCAGCUGGCUUAAUUAACAUGGUGGUAAAAAGAUCAGAAGCCACUGUAGCCUUUUCUAUACCAGGGCUCCCAUUGGUGCAGAUUAUAUAACUUUUGGUAAACUACUUUAGUGGAGGCACAGCCCAAGUGAUGUUAUGCUCUCACUCCUCAAUGUAUUACUUUCAGGUCAGGAUGGAUGCACGUUGGCGGGUGAUGUGGGAUAGCUUGCAUGGCGAUUUCAUGUACUGUAUCUGUUCUGUGGAUAAAAUUAGAUGUCAGCCAGGUUUGUCAGUCUGACUUCUCUAACAAUUUCUACACUUCAUGUUUUCUUUUUUCACCAGCUGAGAGAAGGAAAGUUCCUCCACAACAUAUGUAUCACAUUUUGCUCUGCACAAUAUUCCCUACAAUCUCACAAUGAGAUGAUAUUGAUACAGACAUGUGCACAGUGUGUGAGGGAGAGAGUGUAAAUGGAGUUUUUAUUUAAUAUUAAUGUCUGCAACCGGUUGUACUCACCCUGCACUGGACAGGGAACGGUUAACUCCAUAUUGUGGGUUGAGGAAGCCAGGCCCCUUCCUCCCUACUAGGCAUGCUCCAAGUAUAGCAGUAGUAUAAAAGGGAGCUGCGCAGCUCAGUCUGGGCUGACAGCCGAGGAGGAAGAACACUUGCCGCAGGCUCCCACCUGAGAGGUGCCAAAGGCUCCGACAGCAGGAACCAGGAAUGCUGAAGCCCAGACAGAGACUCAGACACUGGUGGAGGUCAAGGAGAAUCCAGGGUUGCCAGGAGCCAUCCGCAACAAAGUGUUUGGAGACCAUGGAGGCACCCGAAGUACGACUACAAGAGAUACAGUAGGAAAUAGCCCAGGGGCGUCCUCAGCCGCCCGGCCGAGAAUAGUCAGAAUGUUAUGGUCAGGAUCCCCGCCAUUGACAGGGCCCUGAGUUUGGACCCAAUGGAGUACGGAGGACCUUGAUUCUC